AUGGCUGACCUAGGAAUCCCUGACAAGAAUGCAGUGAUCUAUAAUGAUGUGCAUGUUGACAUCACUCAGGAAGAGUGGGCAUUGAUGGAUCCUUCACAGAGGAAUCUCUACAAAGAUGUGAUGCUGGAGACCUUUAUGAACCUCACUGCUAUAGGCUACAACUGGGAAGAUCUUGAAGUUGAAGAACAUUGUCAAAGUUCUCAAAAAUAUGGAAGGCAUGAAAGAACACAUACUGGAGAGAAACCCUAUGAAUGUCAUCAGUGUGGGAAAGCGUUUGCUCGUCAUAGUUAUCUUCAAGGGCAUGAAAGAACACAUACAAAAGAGAAACCAUAUGAAUGUAAUCAGUGUGGUAAAGCUUUUGCUCUUCACAGUACUCUUCAAUUGCAUGAAAGAACACAUACUGGAGAGAAACCCUAUGAAUAUAAUCAGUGUGGGAAAGCCUUUGCACAAAAUGGUACUCUUCACGUGCAUAAAAGAACACAUACUGGACUCAAACCCUAUGAAUGUCAUCAGUGUGAUAAAGCUUUUGCUCGUUGUAGUGAUCUUCUAAGGCAUGGAAGAACACAUACUGGAGAGAAA